AUGGGCGGUCAGGUGCGUGCCGUAUCGGAGUUUAUCUCUGGCCAUCUAUGCCACCACAUCUCACUGCCCGAGUGGAAAGAUCUGUUCGACCUAGAGUAUGCGGAGAUGGACCUGACUUACUGGCUGUACGUGUUGCACAUCCACCUCGUCAGCCGCCGUGCGACGAGUAUCCCGAUUGAGAGAUUCAACCGCCGCCGCGAGGUGCUAGAGGAGCUGCUAGUGACUAUGUUCGAUGGCUGGGCAGCCACGUCAGAAGACAUCAUGGGUCGCCCACCGCUGAAUAAGAUUAAGUACUACAUCCGGGAUAUGUACUACGUGACGGCUGUUAACUUUGAGGAGGCGCUGCUGCACGAUGGGCCGGGGGCGGACAUGAUGCUGGUGGGAUUUCUGAUGAAGUUCUGUCCGCUUCCGCGGCCGGAGGAUGUGCCGAUGUUCACGUACUACACCCUUGUUCAUUACGUCCGCUUUCACACGGCUCUCUUCGACCGCAUUCCUGACGAGGAGUUCGCAAAGGGGAACUUCAACUUCUUGAGCCCGACCGACCCGCUCAUCUUUAGCCAGUACAGCGACAUCGCGUACGAUGAAGUAAUUCGCGGCUGGACCGUGGAGGAGGGAAAGGGUAGUGCCGCUUCAUCGGCACCGAGUCACUCGUAG